CCUUAAAAAAAAUUUUAGUUAUGAGAAAAAUCGUCUAAAAAGUAUAAACAUUUGAUUAACAAAAAACGCUUAAUAAAGUGAAAAUGUGUCCGAAAUAAUUUUUUCAACUGCAAAAAGUUAUCAAAAAAUUCAAAAGCCUUGUAAGUGUUUCACCAAAAAAUGCUCUGUGUUCCACAGUAAAAAAAAUACAAAAUAAAAAGUGUUCCAACAACUAAAAAAUCCACAACAUCCACAACAGCAAAAGUGUUCAAAGUGCACAAAAAGUUCCUGCCGAAUCAGCCCAACUAAAUAAUUACAAAAGCAUUCGCAAGUCUAAUUCAUGCUCAAAAAGUGCAUAGCAUAAAUUUUCAACAAUCACUCCAUUGCGCUGAAAUGUACGCCCCACCACGCCAAAUGCCGUCGGCUCGCGGCUACAAUGCGCUGUUCUGUGCCAUAAUCGUCGCGUUCGCGUGCCUCUCAUCGCCAUCGUCCGUUAGCGCAGUGCAUCGUUACGAUCAAACGCCCGUCGAAGCAAGUCCCUUCUAUCGCACUUCCGCUUCAGGUGAAAUGAUUAGCUCAUCGGCCAUGACGAGCGACGCAUUUCCCCACCACAAUCGCUGUGAACCGAUCACCAUAUCGAUUUGCAAAAAUAUACCCUACAACAUGACAAUAAUGCCGAAUUUAAUCGGACAUACCAAACAAGAGGAAGCCGGCUUGGAGGUGCAUCAAUUUGCGCCACUUGUUAAAAUCGGCUGCAGUCCCGAUUUGCAGCUCUUCCUCUGCUCGCUGUACGUACCCGUUUGUACGAUACUCGAACAACCAAUACCGCCGUGUCGUUCGUUGUGUGAAUCGGCGCGCAUCUGUGAAACGCUAAUGAAAACUUAUAAUUUUAAUUGGCCCGAGAAUUUGGAAUGUUCCAAGUUUCCGGUGAAUGGCGGUGAGGCGUUAUGUGUGGCUGAGAAUACAACUUCGUCAACGCCGUCGCCAACGCGUAGCAUACCGAAAGUGACGACGCGCAAAAAUUAUGCGGACGGCCCGCAUCGGAAUAUCGGUUUCGUGUGUCCGGUGCAGUUGAAGACGCCCCAAGGAAUGGGCUAUGCGCUCAAAGUGGAUGGGAAGGAAUUACGCGAUUGUGGUGCGCCGUGCCAUGCUAUGUUCUUCCCGGAGAAAGAGCGCACUGUGCUGCGUUAUUGGGUCGGUUCGUGGGCAGCUGUCUGUGUGGCAAGUUGCCUCUUUACGGUGCUGACUUUUCUCAUAGACUCGUCGCGUUUUCGUUAUCCGGAACGUGCCAUUGUUUUUCUCGCCGUUUGUUAUCUCGUUGUGGGUUGUGCGUACGUAGCUGGUUUGGGAGCGGGCGAUUCGGUGGCGUGUCGGGAACCAUUUCCGCCACCAGUGCGUCUAGGGCGGCUGCAAAUGAUGUCGACUAUCACGCAGGGCCAUCGUCAAACCACCGCUUGUACCGUUUUAUUUAUGGCGCUCUACUUUUGUUGCAUGGCCGCAUUUGCUUGGUGGUCAUGUUUGGCGUUCGCUUGGUUUUUGGCCGCCGGCCUUAAAUGGGGUCAUGAGGCGAUCGAAAAUAAAUCGCAUUUAUUUCAUUUGGUCGCUUGGGCGAUACCGGCGUUGCAGACAAUUUCGGUGCUGGCAUUGGCCAAAGUUGAAGGUGAGUACACAGACAAACAUCUAUGA